GCGGCCGGAGCCCCCGCAGAGCCAUGGGCGAUGGGUGGCUGCCGCCCGACUGCGGCCCCCAGAACCGCUCUGUGGCCGGCGGCGGGGUGACGGCGGCGCCGCCGCCCGGGAGCAAGCAGCUGCCCACCGAGCUGCUGUCGCAGCAGUGGGCUGUGGGAAUGAGCCUGCUGAUGGCCCUGGUGGUGCUGCUCAUCGUGGCUGGUAACGUUCUGGUGAUCGCAGCCAUCGGGCGGACGCAGAGACUGCAGACCCUCACCAACCUCUUCAUCACCUCGUUAGCCUGCGCAGACCUGGUGAUGGGGCUGCUGGUGGUGCCUUUUGGGGCCACGCUGGUGGUGCGGGGCACCUGGUUGUGGGGAUCCUUCCUCUGCGAGUGCUGGACCUCCGUGGAUGUGCUCUGCGUGACAGCCAGCAUUGAGACCUUGUGCGUCAUCGCCAUUGACCGCUACCUGGCCAUCACCUCGCCUUUCCGCUACCAGAGCCUCAUGACCAAGGGUCGAGCCAAGGGCAUCAUAUGCACCGUCUGGGCCAUCUCUGCCUUGGUCUCCUUCUUGCCCAUCAUGAUGCACUGGUGGCGAGACGAGGACCCCCAGGCGCUGGAGUGCUACCAGGACCCAGGCUGUUGUGACUUUGUCACCAACAGGGCUUAUGCCAUCGCCUCAUCCAUCAUUUCUUUCUACAUCCCCCUCCUCAUCAUGAUCUUUGUGUACCUGCGGGUGUACAGAGAGGCUAAGGAGCAGAUUAAGAAGAUUGAUAAGUGCGAGGGCCGGUUCUAUGGCAGCCAAGAACAGCCACAGCCGCCCCCACCGCCUCACCAUCAGCCCAUCCUCGGCAACGGCCGAGGCAGCAAGAGGAAGACUUCCCGCAUCAUGGCCAUGAAGGAGCAAAAAGCCCUCAAGACUUUGGGCAUCAUCAUGGGAGUGUUCACCCUCUGCUGGCUCCCUUUCUUCCUGGUGAACAUCGUCAAUGUAUUCAACAGGGACCUGGUGCCAGACUGGCUCUUCGUUUUCUUCAACUGGCUGGGCUAUGCCAACUCUGCUUUCAACCCCAUCAUCUACUGCCGCAGCCCUGACUUUCGUAGAGCCUUCAGGAGGCUGCUCUCCUGCCCCCGGAAGGCCGAUCGACGGCUGCACAGCAGCGGUGGGGAGCUGGCCCACCUGCCCGGGGGCUUCAUCAGCACCGUGGGCUCCCCUGAGCGCAGCCUGGGAGGGACCUGGUCUGACUGCAACGGGGGCACGAGGGGCGGCAGCGAAUCCAGCCUGGAGGAGAGAAAUAGCAAAACAUCUGAUUCGGAGUCCAAGGUAUAGAGGGGGGUAUGGGGGCUGUGUCAGAGCUGGGGCACGGGGAAAGGCAGGCAGGGAGCACAGAGAGGAGCGGAGAAAUCCCCGGCAGCUGCGUGGUGGUAGGGCAGAUGCCAAGCAAAACCGAUCCCUGGCUUAGCAGGGAGAGAGCGAGUGUUUACUUAGGAAUAAAAGCAGGUGAACUCGUGUAGACAUACCUCAUCCGAAACUACAGCAAACAGGAAAGCCACUGACCGGAGAACAAAGCAAAUAAACAGCCCAUCCCCAAGACAGCCAGCUUGUAUUUAGGAGUGCUUUCGGAAGAGGCUGUGGCUGAGGCGCCCUUCGCUCGGGUGACUUGUCCCAGGACCACGCCGGUGGCUAAACCGGAGCGUGGAGGUGCUGACCUUUGGCUGCUGUGUUUGUCCACAGUUAGGGUGCCAGCCACCCCCCGCCUUUCCCGGGGCAGUUGAACAUCCCGAGUUUCCCUCUCUGACCCACAGCUCCGGGCAGUUUUUUUGGGAGGUGCAGGAUCCGUGCUGCAGGUGCUCCAUGCAGAGAGUAGGACUCACGGGCAAGAUGAGCGUUAAGCAUGGAGUAGCUGUGCUCCCCUUCUCUGCAGAGUAGCAGUGAAGGAAGAUAAUGAGUAACGAGGAGCGCAGGCAUAUUUUGGAAGGGGGUAAAAAACCCCAACUCGCACUCCUGUGCUUUUCCCCUCUGUAUCAGCGAGCAGCGAGCUAUUGUGCUUAUCUCCCUUGGCCAGAUAAUUGCAGUCAGGCUGAGAAACUUCUACCUCAAACUGUGCAUAUUGUACAGGGGACUAAACGGACCAUGUUUAUAUUAAACAGCAUAUUUACAUACCACUAUUAGUGUUUUAUGAAAGGGGGGCAGAGGCGAGGAGCCUUUUGCAAUUCAUUGUGAUUACAGAUGAAUAGGAGGGGAAAAUCCUGGCAACAACAAAAAUUUACUGCACAUUUCCUUUUCUUCUUUUCUUUUUUUUUUUUUUUUUAAUGGCAACAAAAGCCAUUUUUUUGCACAGUGUUAAGAGUUGUAAAGUUGUUUGGAGAUGUUACUUGCACACACGUACACACACACACAAAGUAAAAAUGAAACCGAGGUU